UUCUUGUUCUUGUGAAAUUUAUGUCGUUUUUAGUUGUAAUAUGUAUGAGAAUAAUCUUUUAAAAUGUGUGUUUAUGUAUUAUUAUAAUAUAACUUGUAUUUAGUUUAAGGAGAAAAAUACGUUUGACGUCAAGUGGAAUCCCUAACGUAAAGUUAUCAUUUAACUCAAACGAUCUUCAUGUAUCUAACUUCCUGCAUGAGAUGAUAGCUAGCCGUUCUAGAGAUUUUCAUGUAAUAAAAACUAGAAAUCCGCAAUGGAUUCGGGAACAGAAUGGCUUUGUGAAAUACUACGCAAUGUGCAGCUGGAACAGUUUUAUUUACCAAUUAGAGAUCAGUUGCAGAUAACAAGGUUGGCGCACUUUGAUUAUGUUCAUGCAGAAGAUUUAGAGAGAAUUGGUAUCAGUAAACCUGGAAUUCGUAGACUGUUUGAUGCAGUUAGAAAAAAGAAAUUGCUGUUAUGGAAUCGAAAAUUUUGGAGUAAACUCUUUGGUACAUCCUCCAGUUCAAUUUCUAGAGAAAAAACAGACUUAGCAUUAAAACCAGCACAGCAGAAUGAGCCACAAACAACAUGUAUAAUAUUGGAGAAGGAUAUUGUUCUGCAUAAUGAAUUAGGCAAUGGAUCAUUUGGAGUUGUAAAAAAAGGAGAAUGGAAAGUGUCUACCCAGCCUCCACAAACUAUACCAGUUGCAGUUAAAGUGUUGAAAGCAGAUGCUUUCUCACAGCCUGGCAUUUAUGAUGACUUCCGGAGAGAAGUUGAAGCAAUGCACAGUUUGCAUCAUCCCAAUCUUAUUAAACUCCAUGGAGUAGUGUUUCAUCCGUUGAUGAUGGUGUGUGAACUUGCUCCAAUGGGUGCCUUGUUGGAUUACAUUAGAAGUCAGAAUGGCAAAGUGUCAUUGAAUUUUAUAUCAAAAUGGUCGAGCCAAGUAGCAGCUGGCAUGGCACAUUUGGAGAAGAAUAGAUUUUUGCACAGAGACUUGGCUUGUAGAAAUAUUCUUCUCUCUACAUUAGAACUGGUUAAAAUAGGCGAUUUCGGUCUAAUGCGAGCAUUGCCAGAUGCAGAUGACUGUUAUGUCAUGAGCGAGCGGCGCCGCGUGCCGUUUCCGUGGUGUGCGCCGGAGUCGCUCCGCUCGCGUCAAUUCUCUCACGCCUCCGACGUAUGGAUGUUCGCCGUAGCACUCUGGGAAAUGUACACAUUUGGUGAAGAACCUUGGAUAGGUUUGAAUGGAUCGGAAAUACUCCGAUUAAUUGUGCGCGAUGGCCAACGGCUAUCAGCACCGAAUGCAUGCCCACCAGACGUGUACAUGUUGAUGAUGCAAUGCUGGGACCUAGUACCCAAGGAACGGCCCACAUUUGCCGGUAUACAGCGGUACAUGGAGACGAAUAAAUUUGAAACGGCCAUUGCAGCUCUCAGUUAUAAGAGGCAAGGUCAGAUGACAAUAGAAGCCGGCGAUGCAAUAAUUCUAAUAGAUAAGCGACCCGAGUUACAUUGGUGGAAGGGACAGAAUCAACGGACCCUCGACGUUGGACUCUUCCCAAGUACGUUAGUGACGACAGCUAAAAAUAAACACGUACCAAGUGCAACUGCAAAGAAGUCACAAACAUUAUCUCCAGUGCGAAGAGUAUCAGAUUUGACGUCAUCGUCGGCCGUUACAUCGAACGGUUCUGACGACGUGUAUCGAAAACGUCGCACCAUCGAGUCGACGCAGCCGCCGACGACGCGCGCGCAUAACACUGGCAGCAAACACUUCAACUACAAUAAGCUAGUCAACGAUAGAUUGGCCGAGAGGACGUCUCGCGCCACUAGAGAUAACUAUUCAAAAAGUUUAAAUCAAGUACUGGUUAAAGAAGACAUUUUAAUCGAUUUGGACUUGCCGCCGUCAACACGACUUAGUACGCCAACAAAGAAACCAGUGAUGAACAAUGUGUCCAUACUCGAUGAGCCAAUUGAUGUACCUGAAAUAGGUCAAGAGCCAGAUUGGAGCGAGCAAAGCAUAGAAAGUUUACCACCGUACUCUGCGAAUUCUUCAAAUACCCAAAACUACACGAAUCUCUAUGGUGCUAGAUCUUUAGAUAAUUUAACGAUACCAAACAAUGCUCCGUCCCUAACUACUCAGCAAGAUCCCUUCGACACUUCCCAGUACUGGCCGACCACCAGCCAAGGUAAUUCGCGGCCAAAUUACGAUUUUAAUUUUACUCAGCAGAACCAAGUUGAAACAAAUCGUUAUACUGCGAGCAAUGCAGCUUCCACUAGUACUGAUAUUAGUCAAAUAUAUAAUAAUAUGACAGUUGUAAGUAGAAACAAUACAGUAGUGCCAAAUAACACAGUAUAUAAUACAGUUCCUGUCACAAUUUAUGCUAGUACGAACACACAAUCUGUGGAAAGACGUAACGAAUCGAAUAUAACGUCGUUAGCAAACAUGUCGCUCGACGACAGAAUUUCGGAGUCAUUGAAUCUCAGAUCGAAGAAUACAAAUAAUGAAAAUAUUUAUUCAAAUAGUAGCGCCUACGGUGAUCCGUCGACGUUAGCGGAGGCCGCGAGCAACGCUAUCAACGAGAGCAGAUAUAACGACAUUCCCAUUUAUAAUAAUUUCGACAUGAAUCCCGCCCAACAGCAGUUUCUGUUGGAAACGAAGGAUUACUACACGAAAUUGUCCACAGCGUCCAAUGUAAGAACGAUGAAUGACUACGAGAAGAAUAUCUACGUACCAAAAUUUGAAGACGAGGGGGAGAAGUUACAGAAUUUCAGUGAUUCAAUGCAGAAUUCAAAAAAUUACUCUGCUUUAAAGUAUCAAAACGUUGAUUAUAAUAAUUACUCGACGUACAGUAAUAAUUACGGCACGAACGUUUCCGCUGCGCGUGCGCAAGUGACGUACGAUGAAGUGAACGACACAGCUAGUAAUUUUUAUAGUGAGAUCAACGAAGCGGGGAACCAAGGGCGGUACGGUAGCACACAGGCGACAUAUGCGAAUGCGGGACUCUACGACGAAGUGUACGAGGAACCAGCCCCGCGCCCUCACCGCCCCGCCCCGCCGUGUCCAUCUAAACCGAAAUAGUAAUCUAUCCACAUAAUGGUUAACCUUUUCGAUUUUUUUUAUUUUACAUUUGGCAAUACUGUCUUUUAUUUAAGACCUGUGCAUACGGGGAACAAAUCUGUAAAAAACAAUUUUUUUUUAUUUUUGUUAAAAACGAACGCUUAAGAGUAUUUAUAUGGAUGUUUUUACAAAAAUUAAAAAAUAUUCAGUGUUUCUAAUUAAUUAUUUAAAAUGUACUUUGAUGUGACUAAAACAUUAAUUGUGAUGCCCUUCAUAGUUGAGGGCAUGUUUUAAUACUUGAUUUAAAAUUAAUAAAAUUUACAAAAUAUAAGUUCAACUACAGCUGCUGUCAACUGUAAAAUAAAAAUGAAAAGAAUUAACCUAUAUAUUAUAUUUUCAACAUUAUUUAUCAGUCAUUAGUUACCCACAUGUUUACGGUUGAUAUUAAUCGUUGUGCCUUUAAAUAUUAUUAAGUUUUAAUGUUUGUUAAUAAAUUGUAUAUUAGGAUUGUUAUAUAUCAUUGCAAUUUUAAUAUUCAAUACAAGACACUCAAAGAAGAAAACUUGAUACUCAGUUUUAUAUUUUUAAUAUAUAUAUUUGCAAACUAUCUUUCUACUAAAAGUGGUAAUAUACAGUUACAAUAUAUAGAUAUUGUAGUCGUAUUACGAUAUUUAUAUAUUCAUCCGAUCGAAAUUAAUACAAAUACCUGUCUAGUAUAGGCGAUAUUGAAAUAGUGACGAUUUUUUCUCCGCCGUCAAAGUCCAAAGGAACCCAUUAUAUAGAUAUCUGGGCGGAUGCCGGUAUCGCCCAUGCCUACCUUUACACAUGGUGUCUAAGAUAUUCCCAAGGGACUUUUUUUUUAUAACUUAAAAUAUUAUUCUAUUUUUUAUUUAACAGUUAUAUGUUAAAUUCCUUUACUAAAUGUGCUAAUUGAUGUAUAUAAAUAAUGCCAAGUUAAUUGAAUUAAAAAGUAUUAGUUAAAUUAGGCUUUCUUUAAACGAUAUUUUUCUUAAUAUGGCAGUCUUUACUAUUGUGAUAUUGAUUUUGGAAUUAUUCUAACUUAAAACUAAAGUUAAAAAGAACUCUUUUUUUAUACUUGGUAAAUUUAAUAAAUAAUCUUGACUUGUGUUUAUGUCUAGAUCACUGCAUAAAUAGAAUAAAUAGCUCGAAUAAUUUUUUAGUCUCUUUUAUUAUUAAUGGCAACAAUAAAAAAUCACCAAAAUUGUUUGCUAAAUAUGUCAAGUGUAAAAACAAAUUAUAUGUAAAUAAAUAAUAAAAUAUUAUAGACAUUCUCAAUGUGAAGUGAAUUGUAGUUUUAAUUAAGACUCAAAGAAUUGUAUGUGUACAUAUUAGUUGUAUUUUAGACUUUUGUAUGACAUAACAUGCUGUACCAACAUUCUUGAUAUGUACCAGUUAAAUUAUUGAAGAGAAAAAAUCUUUAGCAUUAAUAUAUUAAUCAAAUACUCCAAAACCUGUGAGCUGACUUGACACUCGAAUUGAAAUCAUAUCGGAUAAAUAUUAAUAUUAUUAGAAAAAUAGUGACGUCCACUAACAUUUGAUGAGGUUUCAAUUUUAUCCCAAUCUUUGCUAAACAAGAGGCGUAUGAAUGUAUAAAUAGAAUUGUCAUCGCUAGCAAGUCCUUGAGAUAAAAUGAGAUGGCGAUAUCCGAUAUUUUAUUCUAUCUCAUACGAGUGCUAACUGAAACGAUUCGAUCCAUAGAUUUGUUGUUGUUGUUUGAUUUGCCACUUGUGUAAGAGGAACAAUUCAGUAAUGUUAAUAGUCAGCCUGCAGAUAUUUUUUUCUUUUAUAUUAUAAAACAAUACUCGUGUCUGUUCUACACUAAAUUUAUCAGAUUGUUAAGAUACCGUGCUGUUUUUUCCUUAAGCUAUUCGAUAGAACUUUUCCUUUUUUCUUGGUAUUUUUCUCUUCGAUACAAAUUAGAAAUAAGCACCCAUGUUUGUUAGUUCUAAUGUUUUAGGGUUCGCGCAGACAAGGGCACAGUUUAAUGUAAUUUUUAACUUAUAGAAUAUAUAUAACAUUCUAUGACGUCACAAACCCCCGCCGGAUACAACGGAGAAAUUUGUUUUCCUCAAACAAAAGUCGCUCGUCUGCGCAAACUCUUAUUAUUCAAACGAACAUCACAAUGGUGCCUCACCACUAAGUACCUGUUAGUUAAGUUAGUCGUCCAUAAUUUCUAAAUUCCGCAUAAGUCAUUAGCAUGGUAAUGACUCAUUACAUUUAUUUAUUUAAUAGGUCUAUUUUCUCUCAUUUAUCGUGAGACCAAGUUUGGUCAAUAUUACGACUUUUUGUCACACAUUGCCAAUUCUCUGGUGAUGGUAAAGUAAAUGUUAUUAAUAAAUUUAAUGUGAGAAACGGUGACCGGCUUCUCGAAUGUGCUCAACGAACUGCGGGCAAGUCAAAUAUUACGUUUAUAAAUGGUAGCAAUUAACAAAAACCUGUGUAUCCUAUCUGGGAUUGUUAUAACUUAUUAUGUAUUUUAUUAAGUCUAUGGUUUACAAACAAAUAUAGUACUAGGGUCUAAUUUACUGUAUAGCUCUUAAAAUAUUUCUACAUUUAAAUGUACAACGCGUACAGAAUUAACGGACUAUGGUGCAAAGUUUAUAUUUGCUAACAAAUGGAAAGAUUUGAUUUAAUAUUUUCCGUCUAUUUCGUCAUAUUUCUCUCUAUGUGAUUUUGUACAUGUAAAGAAAAAAAAAUAUCAAUGUAACGUGAAGUCCCUUACGAGGCAGAGUAUGAAUAUAAAAAUUGUAUAAUCAAGUGAUGGUGUUCUAAUACGGUAGAUAAAACGAUAGCAAUCUCAUACACCUAAUGUGUUCAAAAGACAACGUUCUCGAGAAAAAACCAGAGCCAGUGAAAUAUUAAAAAUUGAAACCGCCUAAUAUACAAAGUGAAAUGAAAUUUUUAACAUCCUUUUAGCAAGUAUUCUAAUUGAGAAACUAAAGAUUUUCCUUGAAACAUGAAUCUUAAAUUAACAAAAUAUUUGGCAGCUGUAAGCAAUAUGUAAGUAUGGGCAACUUAAAUAAUAUGUUGGGUUAAUUAUUUUACAAUUAAAUUUUUCUCUGCUAGAACACUUAAAAGGAUGCUAAUGAGUUCGACGUAAGCCUGUAAAAGUCAUAUAUAUCAGUUACAUACGUUAUACUUGGUAAUAUAAAUACGUUUGAUGAAUAUGUUUUCCAAUAUUUUUUUUUUUAUUAUCAACCAAUGUUUAACAAUCAGUUGGUAAGAAAAAAUAUUAGUAAAAAAAACGAACCUUUUUUUUAUUUUUAAUAGAAAAUCCACACGUUGAAUAGAUAAUAGAUGCUAAGUGGAUGCAAGAUGACAUUUGCCACUUAGGAAACGCAUCAAAAUCUCUAAUACAUACCUCUUCUAUGAUUAUUUAAUCUGUAUUUUUUUUUUUAUCUACGUGUUAAACUCUAUUUGUAAUCUCAAUGAAAUAGUAUCGAAGUCUUACUAUAAACUUUUUCGUCAAUUAUUAAUUAUAUAAUACAUAAGUUAUAACGUAAAUAGUUUAGUUCACAAAUGUUUAGUUAAAUGUUUAUCAAUUUUACAGGAGAGAUUCAAACAUUUGAUAUGAAUAUAACAAAUACGUAGAGGUAUAAAUACUAUACAUUUGAAGGACCAUACUGAUACCAGCAGAUAAUUUAGAAAGAGCGACUACCCUUAUCACCUUUCUAUUUUAGAAUAUGGGACAUGUACACCAAUGAAGAGCUCGGAAAGCGAAAAGUUAAUAAUUUUAGACAACGUUUCAAAAAUAUAUACUCUUCGCGCGUUUUAGCGCUGAAUAUUUUUUCUAUUGACAAACAUUUUUGUGGCAAGUAUAUUUUUAAUUUUCUUUGCCUACAUACUCAAAUCAAAUCUUAGUUACGCCCUCGAAAUUUAGCUGGUCCUAAAAAAAGUAAAAAUUAUGAAAUGGACUAAGCCGUGUCUAAAAAUGCAGUAUUUACGCUCUUCUUUAACUCUUUGUAAAUUUUCCUUCAUGUUUAAAUUUGAACCCUUAAUUGAAUGUUUAUGUUGUUCAAGUCAUACUUAAAGAAUGCUCUCUUGAAUGGAGUUCACUCCAGUGUUCACAAUUGGUAGACUGAUACUUGAAACCUUGUUUUUUUGUAUACAAUAUAAGUGUGUACCGAAAAUGAAUGCCAAACCUCAGUGUUUUCUAGUGUAAAAUAAUAAAAUGGUACUGAAAUAUUUUCUGUAUAUAUAAUAUAGUAUAAAACCUUAUAUAUUUUGUCAUAUGCAUAUUUUUAUCCACAUUUCCAUUUACAAAAUUUUAUUAUUCACCACACAUAUCGACUUAGACUAACAAAAAAGUACAGACGGAUCUCUGUACGCACAAAAAUAGUAAAGUCACAAAAUAUGCUCAUAACUUAUUAAACUUUUUAAUAUAAAGGCAAAAAUACUAAUAACAUUAUUAAUUAAUUCCAAACAUUAUAAUUCCAUUUAUUUUAUCUCAUCGACUUUUUACGUGCUCGACGUUGAUAAAUAUAAUUUUACUGUAAAUGCCCUGAGUUGGCUCUAUUAACUUUUGUUUGACCUACUUAAUGAACUAGGCUUCUAAAUAAUUCCAAUAUAGAUACUAUUUUGUUGGUCUGAGCCUAUAUAAUUAACACUAUGUUAUUACUAUGCUGGAAUAUUCAUCCGAAAUCAACCAAUUAAAAAAUCGACUUGUUAGCUCAUAUGGAUUGGUUCAUAUUUAACAUUUAAACUCAAAUGUGCAACCUCCACCGCAAAGUUAUCAUUUUUUAUUAAACUAAAUAUAUUUGCUAUUUUUAUUCUGUAAACUCUGAGAGCUAAUAAAUUAUUGGCAUCUGAGUUGUAUAAGUACUGUAAAAACUGUAUAGUUAAUAGUAAAUUGUAACAUCCUAUGUUCGUACUAUUAUUUAUAUAAUUACCUAAUUAUAAAUAAAAACAUGUUUGCUGCUAA